GCUAACUCAGUUCACAAUUACUCAUCACGAGCUGACACUGUCGCAAGAAUCCACCGCGCCGACCUAGAUGCACCAGAAACAGCGGUAGAGCAUCGCCCUUCACCUUCCUUUUCGGAUGCGUCCUAUCGUCUGCAUCCGAUGCACGAGGCCAACAUUGUUUUCUUCGCGCCUGUCACGUCGUCGUCGUCUGCUCGACCGUGGAUCGCGCGGAAGUGACGUCACGGCGCGCGCGCGUCGCGGGACACAAAGCGGCGAAUUGUCGUCUGUCUGCACGGCAUCGCGCAUUGUCGUCUGCGCGCUGCUCCAGACGUCUUCGAAAACCGACGACGAAUCGAACGAACUGAUCGCGACGAGCCGAAACAAUACAGCUGUCUUCACGUUUUCUGCCGGUUGAUUGAUCGUGGUACCCGAAUCUUUAUGCGGUACUUUUGUUUGUGUGUUUAUCGCCGAGUGUUGGACCACACGGAGCCUGUGUUUCCCCGCAGCGAAACUGCGGAUGCCGCUGCUUCAUCCGAGUUCUCGGUAGACGCAGUCCCGCUACCAGCUGCGAGCGUGUUUUGCAAACACCUGCGAGAUCCCUGCUUUCGCUUCCAACGUUCCUCCGGUGGCGCGCGUGCGUACGUGAGCGCCCGUCUUCCGCCCGAAUCUGCUGAGUCUGACGUCUCUGCUUCCGGUCUUGAGCCCUGAACGCAGUCUGGUUCAUCGAACGCACUGCGAAUUGUAACGGACGCGCGCACUUCCGACCUGUGUCCGUCGGAAGUGAAACCGACUUCCGUGUAGACUCGGACCCACCGAUCGGCGCCGUAUGUUGCCCGCACUGGAUCUGGAGUGACGUCACGUCUUGGAGGUGACGAACGCCGGCGCGCCAAUUUCAGUUUGCACCCUUCCGGACGCGACGGUCGCCCGGCUUCGUCGGCUGUACUGUUAUUCUUGUGUUUGUGUAUCGUGAGUGGUGCGCGAAAUAAGAAAACAUGGCAGCGGUCGUGCAAAGAAGACAAAUUAGGAGGCCUACGGGUCCUUCGGGCAUCGCGGCCCCCAAGACCUCGACCAGCUGCAACAGUUCGCGGUCGGGCUCUCCGCACACAGGCUCCUUCAUACCGCAACCCAAGUCGGCGGUCGUCACAAGAGACCGCACCGCGAACAGCGACAGGUCAAGGCCCUCCUCUACUGCAUCCUCUUCGUCCAUCUCGCACCUUCCGGUGAAAAACGCUGGCGUUCCGGUACGCCAGCCGCCGCCGGCCCAGUCCAACGGACCGGGAAACGGCCACCUGAUCCCCAAGGGCUCGUCGCACAUCGCCUCCUCCUCCGCCCACCACAACGGAGUCGCCAACCACAACAACACCGCCAUUCACCACGCGAGCAACGGCACCACCAACAACAACUCUAUGCUCGACAAGUUCAAGUUCUUCAACUCCAAGGACAAGUCGCAGGACAAGAGCAAAGUUCCCAAGCGCCCGAGCAGCGGCGGCGGCUUCAGCUCGGCGCGCAGCGAACGGAGUGACUCGUCCGUCAGCCUAUGCGGCGACGCUGGCUCACCGAACGGCUCGGCUUCGAGCUCGGAGGCAGCAGGCCAAGCCAAGACAUCGGACUCCGCCGUAGUCUGCAACGGGGGUUCGGCGUCACACGGGCCCUCGGGUGUUGCACCAGGGAACGAGGUCGCACCUGACCACGGGUCCGGCGGUCACUCCAAGGCCUCGUCGGCUGCCAAGGGUCUGGCCAAAAAGACUUUCUCCAGAACAGCUGGAAAACAGCAGCAGCCUGGCUCGUCGCUCGCCAAGUUGUCCACGUCGCAUGCAGGCUCUUCCGAAACCGCCCGUUCUGGCCUUCCCCGGUCCUCUCCGUCCAGCGAGACGCUCAACAGGACUGCUACGCGCAGGUCCAACGCCAGCGCUAGCGGGCACCCGCGACCCCUCAGCAGCGGCCACGAAAUUGCCUCGUCACAGGUGAUAUCCGAGAAGUACCCAUCCCCUAAAGCGCAGGAUUCCAAGCCCGUACCAAACGGGACCAAUGCGCACGAGGACAAGAAACAUCAAGAGAUGGAGUUGAACUCGGCCGCGCAACCGAACGGCCUUGGCAGUGGCAUUCCCAAGCCAACAGCCGCCGUCAAGGGGACUACGAAGCAGUCCAGGGAAGACCUUACUACCAUCGGCCUUGGUCAGCCCGAGAAGACCAAGAACGAGAUUAAGCACAAUGGCAGUGUUCCUACCAGUCCUGCUGGUGAUGACAUCGCGAUUCAGAAGAAACACGACGUCGUGAACGUCAACGAGGCGUCCAAGAACUCGACUCUCGCGGACGACUGUGACUGCAAGAAGCAGCAGGACCAGACGGUGACGCCACCUUCUAGUGACGUAAACGGCGUGGUCCGAACGGAGACCCUACCCAAAAGUGAUCGUUCCAAGAAGACGCAAGCCCAGGGCGUCAGCAUAGCGAUGGUGUCUCCUAUAAUGAGCAGUCAGCAUUCGUUCAGCAAGGACUCAGUCACCGCGUCCUCAACGGAAUCCUCUCUGUCCACAGUGAUAUCGGUCAAGGAGGACAAAGCACCUUCGGUGAUAGCCACGACUACCCAUCAGGGCCAGCAGAAUCAGGACAAUCGCGAAGGCAACCAAGACGUUCACGUCAACGGUGUGCAGGCCAAACAGGGCCUUCAUCCGGAGAACAGCGUCCCGCAGCAGGGUGAUGCUGGUGCUCAGAUGGUGCCUGCUGGUGGAGGGGCCGACCAGGUUCAGGUUAACGUGAACGGAGAAUCGACCGGCACCAACAGCGGUCUGGUGGGCGGGGUCGAGUCUACAGUGAAGUCGGUGCCCGCCGAGACUAAGCUUGUGCCCAGGGCCAACUCCGUCGACUCCUCGUGCGGGAAGGAAGGAGAGGAGAUGGAGGAGGCUCUCGCGAACAUUCCACCCAUGCAGCCUCUGCCUAGGGCCUCGCCGUAUGGCAGCGGCUACUCCCGAGGUCUGUCCGGUCACCGGGCUGCGAGGCUACCCGCGUGUCUACGUCUCCAGGCGGACGUGCAGCGUGUGGCGAAGAACAUGCUGGCCGCGUCCCAGGACAUCGCCCGGCUGUACGGCGCCCAGAGACCGACCGCCUCGGUGGCCCUGCACCACCCGGCAUACCACCACCAACAGCAACAGCAGCAACACGCGGACUACGCCGAGCUGUCGGCCGGGUACGUGAGCGACGGCGACGUUCUGCGUGCGCCUCGCGCCUGCAGCACCGAGGAGUCUAGCGGAUACGUAAGCGAGGGCGGCAUUGCCUCCCUGUACGCUGUGACGUCGCCCUGCCGGAGGCCAGCACGCUACGCCAUCAGGGACCCCAAGCUCAUCAACGUCCUGCAGGACGACAGCAACGACAGCACGACGACUCUGGUCGCCACGAGUACGAACCAGCUGUAUUCGCCAAGGAACUGCUUCGACGACAGCAGUUCUAUCAGCAGUGGCCUGAGUGACACCUUCGCUGAGUUGAGCACCAACGACAACCUGACCGACUCGUCGCUCAGCUCGGACCCGUACGGAUGUCUCAAGAGACGACCCCACCACCCGGGCAUGGCGCCUUCGGGCACGUCCUCGGGAGCCUGCAACAAGGGCAUGCCGGACAGGUCCAGCCGGAAGUCAUCCGAUCACCACUCCUCCGCAUCCGGUUCCGCUGUGGUAGGCGGCGGCGGGAUGCUGCCCACGUCCAUCCGUAGCAGGAAUGCGAACGUCAAGAAGACGGACAGUUCCAUGCAGACGGAUUCGAGCGCGCUCGUGCAACAGGGAGCGGUGCCGCCCCACCUGCAGUCGUCAGCCAACUGGAAGAAGUACAUCCAGCAGCAGGACUUGCAGCACCAGCAGUCCAAGACCAACUCCACGGAGUCGCUCAAGUCCAAGGAGAACAAGCGGAGCGGCGGCCAGUCGUCCAGCAAGUCCGGCAGCAAGUCGACGGCUGACAGCAACCGCCAUGAAGCGGUCCACUCCAAGACCGGUGGCAAGUCCAGGACCGGUUGCUCUUCCUCCGGAAGUGGGGAGACAAAGCUGCGGUCGUAUUCUGCCGACACCGCCAUGAUCGGAAGCGACCUGGCGUUGGACAAGAUGCGCGCUUCCUCCGCUGGCAUGGGGGCUCCCGUCAGGUCUUCCGGCAUUGAGUACGCCUCCACGGCGGUAGUGGUGACAAACCGGAAACUUCCGGGACGUCCGCCCAACGUGUCAGGCUCUGGUCCUCCGUCCGCUUGCAUGAUGGCACCCGGGAAGCGUCCCUCCAGCACGGCGUCUUCCGGAAGUGGCCGCAGUGGGGGCAGCUCCCAGGGAAAGAAGGAUGGAUCGGCGGAAAUGGAUCAACAGUGCCGUACGUCGAGCCUGACGAGGACGGGUGAACUUCCGCGUGGAAGUAGCCGAUCCUCGCUCGAGCGCAAGGUCAAAGUGUCCGGAAGCACGCAGACGGGGCCGGGCGUCAACGACAUGUUCGUGUCGGCCCACUCGGACUCGGAGUACUGUUCCCUAGGCAGGUCGUCGGGAAAGCACUGCAAAGCAACGGCCUUUGGUCCAACUGGCUCACCCGCCUUGGGUACAAUGCGGGAGCGCAUCUACGGAACCAGAACGUUGCUCAACGGCUCGCCGCCUUCGUACGCCUCCAAUUCGGAUUAUGUCCUCCUCUCGGGCUUCCAGCAUGGUACGACGCCAUUGAGGGACAGGCCGCGGCUGUCAGUGCCGUCGGCCAAAGGCUCGGAGAGUGACAACUACAUGACGCUGGAUCACUCGAGCCCGUACGCGUGGCUUCGGCACAGCCCUACGUCCGGCUCGGCGUCUGUCGCCUCGGCACCCGUGGGCAGGAGUCCGUUCGCGGCUGGCGCCGGAAUCGCCGAAGCGGACAGCAUGGAAUCGCUGUCUUCCACGGCGUCCAGCGCUCAUGGACAGGCUGCCUCCCGCUACAUGUACCUCUCUUCGCCGCUGCACAGUGCGGCCUCCAUGGGUGCUCGCAACUCGAUGAGCAUGUCCCACUACGCGGGGGGCCUCGUCUCCAAGAUGGCCAACAAGGACGACGAUGCCCAUGGUUCAUCCCUGUCCUUGGUCUCCACAAACUCGUCGCUGUACUCAACGACGGAGGAGAAGCAGGCGCACGAGAUCCGCAAGCUCCGCAAGCAGCUGGACCAGGCCAACGAGAAGGUGGCCACGCUUACCUCGCAGCUCACCACCAACGCUCACAUGGUCGCAGCCUUCGAGCAGUCCCUGUCCAACAUGACAUCACGGCUUCAGCACCUCACUGUUACUGCUGAGCAAAAGGACUCGGAACUAACAGAGCUGCGCAGCACCAUCGAGGCGCUGAAGAAGCAGAGCGCUGAGGCCGGUCUCACCAAGAUGGCGCUGCAGUCGAUGGCGGCCGUGCAGCGAAGUAUGACCCCCGCUAACGGCGCGCCCCCUGGUGGUGGUGGUUCGACUAACCUAGUUCGCCGCCAUACCUUUAACACGCCCAAGGACGCUGCCGCCGGUGCGCUGCAAGACCAGCACAUGUCGCGCCAGCUAUCGGCCGACUCCAUGUCCAGUGUAAACUCUGCAUCGAGCGCCUGCAGCAACACCUCCACCAGGCACGAGGAGUGCUCCAAGAACAAGCACAAAAAGAAGAAAGGAUGGCAGCUUCGGAGCUCCUUCAGUAAGGCAUUCUCCCGGAGCAAGAAGAACCGUCAUGGCUCGGUGUCGGAUGUCGAAGACAUUCGAGCGCUUCACUCGGACUCGUCGACUCCAAACUCUCCGCUGCUGGGACUGGGCAGUCCACCCUCCCUGGUGACCGCUAAUGGCCUGCCACAUUCACCCCCUGGGUGCGGCACCGAGAAUGGCGAACUCUCGCACUCUAGCUAUGCGCUCAACGAACAUGAUGAGGAAGAUGGCGGGCCUGAGCUGGUGCGUGAGCUAAGGAAGCAGCUGCGAGAGAAGGACUUGGUGCUCACCGACAUUCGGCUGGAGGCCCUGUCUUCGGCUCACCAACUGGACAACCUCAAGGAGACGCUGGCCAAGAUGAGGAAUGAAAUGCUCAGCCUCAAACAGGACAACGACCGGUUACAUCGGCUAGUCCGCAGUCAGUCACUCAGUGCAUCACAGAGUUCACUACCUCAUCGGACCAGCAUGGACAUGCUCGACAAGCGACUCAGUGCCCACGAAAUCUCCUCCACACUUGAUCUUCACGAUGGCAUCAAUGGUUCUGUCCCAGAAGGCAAGCGCGUCACUGUCACCGUUCAUCUGGUGUGUCAUGGAGACGUUGAGAAGUGCCUCACGAAAUCUGAGGCACCAGAAGAGGCCUUAAUUGGCUCGUUGUACGUGAGUGGCAAGACCAAAUGGGAUAAUCUAGACAGUGCAGUGAAGAAAGCAUUCAAGGACUAUGUCUUGAAGGUGGAUCCUGCAUCGAACCUGGGCCUGAGUUCCGAGAGCAUACUCUGUUAUCACAUUGAUGACAUUGUCCGUUCCAAAGAAGCUGAGCUUCCAGAGCUGCUGCCUUGUGGUUAUUUUGUUGGUGAAACACUGAAGAUCCAAGUUGUGCUCAGAGGGACUGCACAGAAUGCAGUGGAUGCCCUUGCUCUCCAGACGCUCAUUCCCAAGUCCGUGAUCCAGCGAUAUGUCUCUCUCCUGACGGAACAUCGCCGGAUCAUCUUGUGUGGUCCGAGCGGCACAGGAAAGACGUUCCUUGCCCAGAAGCUCGCCGAAUACCUCGUUCUCAAGUCUGGCAGAGACUUGGCCGCUGGCUCCAUCGCCACCUUCAGUGUGGACCACAAGUCUGCGAAGGAGCUGAGGCAGUAUCUCUCCAAUGUGGCCGAACAGUGUGAGAACAGCAAUGCCAGUGACCUUCCAGCUGUGAUCAUCCUGGACAACCUGCAUCAUGUGGGCUCCUUGGGAGAGGUGUUCAAUGGCUUCCUCAGUGCCAAGUACCAAAAGUGCCCGUACAUUAUUGGAACAAUGAACCAGGCCACCUGCUCGACAACGAACCUGCAGCUACACCACAACUUCAGGUGGGUCCUGUGUGCCAACCACAUGGAACCAGUGAAGGGCUUCCUAGGGCGCUUCCUCCGGCGGCGCCUGGUUGAGGAGGAGGUCAGAACGGGCCUGCGAAUGGCAGACCUCGCCAAGGUAAUUGACUGGAUGCCCCGCAUCUGGCACCAGCUCAACCAGUUCCUCGAGACGCACAGCUCCUCUGAUGUCACCAUUGGGCCACGGCUGUUCCUUGCAUGCCCCAUGGAUGUAGCGGGCUCCCAGGUGUGGUUCACCGACCUCUGGAACUACAGCGUUGUACCAUACCUGCUCGAAGCAGUCCGUGAGGGCCUUCAGCUCUACGGAAGGAGAGCAGCAUGGGAAGACCCAGCCGAGUGGGUCCUGGAGACCUAUCCAUGGCCCGGUCCAGUGUCUGAAGCUCCCCAGCUGCUGCGGCUACGGCCGGAAGACGUGGGGUACGACCCGAACGCUGGCCCCAAGGUCGCGCCAGACCAGUCCGAUUCCGACGCAGAUCCUCUGCUAAACAUGCUGAUGCGCCUUCAGGAAGCAGCCAGCUACUCAAGCCCACAAACCAAUGACCCCGAGCCAGCAGACUUGGAGGCCACGAGCACUUCGUAGCUAAUAUUGGGCAGUUUGUAAAGCAAAUAGAAGAAAUCUGUGGUGAAACGGUUUUUCUGCGCAUAAUGUAAGGUCACGUGGCCGUGAACUACAUGCUGACAUAACUGUGUUCUUAGCUUGGAAGACGAAAAUGCGCAGUAUGUAUGGUGGUUCCUUCUGAUUCAUCGAAGCUUUGUACAUUUGGUUUUCUUUUUCUACAUUUUUGGAGCCACGAACAAAAUGCUGCCAACUUUGUUCUUUUUUGCAGAAGAGCGGCAACACUCCUAGGCCUAGUCUGUUUUAAAGAAAAAUAAAAAAAUAAAAGGUAAUAUUUAAGGGUUGCCAGAACUGCUUGUACAUACAGCCUGAACUUCUUGUAAAUAAGAGAAAAAAGAUCCUUGCCUUUUUAAAAGUUGUGCGCCCCAAUCCCUCAGAAUGUUUUGUACAGAAGAGAAUCAGAUAUGAAAAUAUCAGAGUGUUGCAUGAGAUAUUCUUGUAUACGCUUUUUUUAUACUAUGUGAAAACUUUGCUGAACGGCGUGCUAGAUUUAUAUUGUGCUAGAGAGAGACACUGGUGUCAUAUUCUGAAUAUCAGGAGAAAUAUUGAUGUGGCGAACAAAUUUGGAGAAGCGUCUCUUUGUUUUUCACAAGUGCUAAAAAGGUUGACAGGGAAACCAACCAUUGCAAAACUUAGCUCGUCUCUUCAUCAAUGAAGAACUAGAAGCAUGUUUUGAAAGUAGCACGUGUGCGUCAGGGUAAAUGACAUCACACUGUCAGUUUUCAUGUAGGCACUUCGUCGUCACAUUCAAAAUGUUUGGAGCUUCUCGAUAUGAUGAGUCGUAACAACAAGGAUUGAUGUAAUAUCUGCUUUUAGUUGAACUUGCUAUCUGGUCAAAUGAACAUCCUUAUAUGCAGUUAGAUUGACAUUGAAAAUUCCCAAGUUGCUUUAUUCAAUUGAAGAAGUGAACGUGACACAAUUGCCCAAGCUAUAUUCACUGACUUGAUGUUUUUACUCUUUGACCUAAGAAUUUUGUAAUUAAACUGACAUUGCAAAUUUAAUGAAGUUUGUGAACAAAAAUUAACAGAAGCCUAUCAAAGGUUUAUUUGAACACUGCUGCUCUGUCUACCAGUUUGAGCCAAUUGCUAAGCUAUGUCAGCUUGCAUUUCAUAUGCUUUCUCUGUUUUGUUUAGAAGUGAACAUUCAGAAAGUGGAUAUUAAAAAGUAAUUGGUUAUAGCAAAGUAAUUAAAAAACUUUGCUUUGAAUGCAGUGUUAUGAGUGUACAUUUAUAACGAAUUUUUCAAUGUAGCAAACCUAUUUUUGUGCCAGAUUCGACUUUGUCAUACGACAUUUAAAUGUAUACAGUGUGUUUUUUUAAGCAAUACAGAUUUUCCCUUGAAAAACUACAUUACAUAGGCACUUGUCCUUUUUGCAGCGAAAUUUUAUUCGAAGGUGAAAAGAUCUUGCCACUAAUUAUACCACGUAGGAAUGAUUAUUGAGAAAAAUAAUUAAAUUAACUUUUAUUAUCAAUUUUAGGGUGGUUGUUUAUAUGGCGAAGUUUUAUGGCUAGUUUAGUUGUUAAAAAACAAAAAGAUCACAUGUGGUUUCAAAGAUCCAUCGUCGAUUUUCCAGACUGCGAAGCUGAAGAAACUGAAACUAAAGCAGGAAGGGCGUUAGUUAUGACGCACUCAGUUAGUUUCUGUGCACUCGGUGCGUGUUUCAGUUUUUCUAGCAUCGCAGUCUGGAAAUUCGAAGUUAGAUCCUUGAAACCAUGCGCGAUGUUUUCAAUUUUUAAACACCAGGCUCGCCAUAAUUUGUGACCUAGAACCACUUCGCCAUAUAAACAACCACCAUAAAAUUGAUAAUACAAAUAAUUCAAUUAUUUUUGUCAAUGAAUCAUUCUUGAGUGAUCUAAUUAGCGGCAAAAUAUUUGCGCCUCAGCCUAGAAAUUGCCUGUGAAUACAAGUGCCUACCUAAUAUAGUGUUUGAAAGCAAUAUCUGUAUUGCUUAACACCAGUAUAUUUUUUCCGAGCUUAUGCACCCAGAGAAAUACACUGACAUUGACAUGAAAGUUUUAAAGCAAAAUGCGCAUUUCUCCUAAUAAUUAUGAUCUUAGUGCUUAUUAUUAGAGAGUCAUAUGUAUUAAUGGUGCUUGGGGGGUAGACAGGUGUACCAAUAAAAUGGUGUCAUUCUUAAGUCUGAAACAGUGACAUCAAGGGCAUGUGUUCCCAAGAACUGUGUCUGGCUCAUAUUAAAUUCAGUAAAUUUAUAGCUUUCUAUUAGGUUAGGGAGGAAAAAAACUUGCUGUUAUUUGUAUUCAAAUUUUGUUGUUGACUAUAUUGUGUCUUUUGCAAACUGUAACUUUCAUUAUUGCUGACAAUUAUAACCACCAAGAAUUUAGCUUUAUAGCUAAUUGUCCAUCUAAUUAACGAGGCCAGGAGCAUGGAUAAAGUAGGAAUGUUUACCUGGACAUCCGCGAACAAAAAAGUGGCAAACGCAAAUUUUUAGGCAGCUCUCUUAAUUUCCACCUAUAUUGUGUUUAUUAAAUAUUUACUUCAUAGACGUUCAUCGAAAAGUUGUUUAAAAAGCAGAUCACAAAUCCUUCGCGACAUUUCUCUUAGUUUGUUGCUGAAAUUAUGUAGCUAUCAAGUCUUGUAAUACUGUGUGUGCUUAACGUUCUGUAAGAACACCUUAUAGAGCAUUGUAUUUGAAGAGGAUUGCAUGUUUUGUGUACGUACAGCAACUUCAGACAGAUGCCGCUGCUUCUGCAGGAUAUCUUGCAUUGGAUUAUCGUCAUUGCAGAAUGCACCGACAUGCUGAUUACUUGUUGGAAGCGAGAAUUUUAAUUACGCUUUUACCACUACCACUUACCAGUUGCGCGGAUAAGGAAAGGUAAAUAUAUAGGAAGCCAUGCAUGUGCUCAUGUACACCCCCAGAUUCAUGCUGUGGACGUACGUACACUAUGCAGUAAGGCUAGGUAUUUGAAAGUGUGUAUGCUUCUCCGCUGUGAAUUGAGCCACGAUUUUCAGUGCAGAUCCUUAUUGUAGACUCUAACAAUUGAGAAGUUAUGAAAUGUUUUGCCCAAGACUGAGUGUGGCUUUAACAGGUCAUUGCACCUUCACACUUGAAGUGUGUCUUCCUAAUUAGACAUUAUUCGGCACUUCAUUUUUUUUUCCUACGUCGUCUAUCAACAUCGUCAUGCCACAUCACAUGUGUUGUUUUCAUUCAUCCAGUUAAUUUAUAAAACGAUUGAUACUGCAUUGAGCUUGUUGAUACAAUACAACCUUUGCCUGUUCAAGCAUAUUGUAUACAGUCCCCUGCAGUGAUUGUACAAGAAAAGAUUGUUUUAGUUGCUACCGCUUUUAUGUGUUUGUGAUCCUAUUUCUGAGAAUCUGAGUUCUUUCCUGGAUUUUUCAGUUUGUUUUUGUAAAAAAGUGCUGUGUUUGUCACUACAAAAAUGAGAAACUGGUGUAGAUGCAAAGCCAUGUCUUGGAAUGCAUUCUCUCAGGUACAGGGUGCCGAGGAGGUUGCUCAACCUCGCUUUGCAGCUUAAAUAAUAAACGAAGAUAUUUGAUUAUUAUUCUUGUCCAUGGGGGGCAGUCCCUCUGCAUUCUUUUAAUCAAGCCCGUUGUUGUCACUCGUAGUGGAAAUUUUAGAAAACAUGUGCUGAAUCUUGGGUUACUGCGGUUCGUAGUAUAGGUCUUGGCGUAAAUUCUUGGGUCACAGCAAUUGAAUGACUGUCUUGCAGACAAAGCAGUAUGCCUCGGCGUAUGAACCAAUACGUCAUCUCUACAUAACAGUGUAGUUUGAUGACGCUGUUUAAUUUUCACACCAUUAGCCAUCAUUGAUUUGAAGUGAUCACUUGUGCCUCCAUCAGAACAACAGCCAGUUUUUUUUUUCAUAUUUUUUUUUUGGCUCUAAGACAGCUGUCUCUCACCUUGAAAUGAAAGAAAAAGAUGCAUGACAAGUGUGAAACAGAUAAAGUUAUCGCUGAAAGAAGAGAAUGCUCCUGUUUAAUUAGCGAAAUGCAUUGUUGUCUUAAUUGCUUUCACAGGACGUGUUUCUUCAUCUUGUUAGUACGUAUUGAAAGGGCUACAUCUUUCCUCCACGUGUCAUCCCUGUCAUCCCUGUGCUUGUCCUAAACAUGGUCACAGUCACCCAAACUGAGCAUCGCCGUUGUGCCCCGUGAUGCUUGAAUAACCAUUGCUCUGUCAGAAAAACUUAGUGUGGAAGUGAGACGUGUGGAGGUAUGAUUAAAGCAUUUUUCUUUACAUUGAA